UGACUUAAUAGGUAAAUUGAGAUCUUUUUAAUUCUUCUGCUUUACUGUUUUAGAAUGAAGUUUUUUUCAUCAUUUUCAAACAGAAAGUACGGACAAAUAAGUAAAAAAGGAUAGUUAUAUAAUAUAAAAUGAGCUGGCAUUGAUAUCGCUUUAUUUAAUCUUACUUUUAUGUGUACGUUGUGUGUUUUACUUGCGUAUGUAUAUGUAUACGUGAUCGUUGAUGAGACAUAGAUCUUUUUAGGAAUACAUUAGAAUUUUUUCUUAGACCAAUCUGAAAUUUGUUAUUAUAUAUGACUAUAAAUACAAGUGGUUGUCAGAUAACAGUUCCACGCCAUUACACCGUAGUCAGUUCACCUUUAAUACUUAAAAGGAAAAUGGCGUAUGGCCCAGGAGCGGAUGAGAAACUUGUAAAACAGUUUGCUAAAGCCUGCAAGCUGUCUGGGAGUGAUGAUGAGACUCUCAUGAAUAAGAAGUGCAGUAGAAACAUUCGAAAAUUCUUCUGGGAGAAAAUAACCGAGUUCGAUGGACUAGACCUCCAAGCAUGUGAAGAAGCAGUAUUCAAAAAACUGUUGAACCCGAAAACAGGG